AUGGGCCUAGCCACACCUCCAGGGAGCCAAUCAGGGCCCGGAGGACUAGAUAUAACAGCAUCAGCAGGGAACAAGCCACUCAAUGAACGAAUUGCUCAAGUUACGCCGUCAAACCACCCACGUCGUCAAACCGUCCACGCCGUCAAACCACCCACGCCGUCAAACCACCCACGCUGUCAAACCACCCACGUCGUCAAACCAUCCACACCGUCAAACCCCCACGCCGCCAAACCAUCCACGGCGUCAAACCAUCCACGCCGUCAAACCACCCACGCCGUCAAACCACCCACGUCGUCAAACCAUCCACGCCGUCAAACCACCCACGCCGUCAAACCAUCCACGCCGUCAAACCAUCCACGUCGUCAAACCAUCCACGCCGUCAAACCACCCACGCCGUCAAACCAUCCACGCCGUCAAACCAUCCACGUCGUCAAACCAUCCACGCCGUCAAACCACCCACGCCGUCAAACCAUCCACGCCGUCAAACCAUCCACGUCGUCAAACCAUCCACGCCGUCAAACCCCCCACGCCGUCAAACCAUCCACGCCGUCAAACCACCCACGUCGUCAAACCAUCCACGCCGUCAAACCACCCACGCCGUCAAACCAUCCACGCCGUCAAACCAUCCACGCCGUCAAACCACCCACGUCGUCAAACCAUCCACGCCGUCAAACCCCCCACGCCGUCAAACCACCCACGCCGUCAAACCACCCACGUCGUCAAACCAUCCACGCCGUCAAACCACCCACGCCGUCAAACCGUCCACGCCAUCAAACCGUCCAUGCCGUCAAACCAUUCACGACGCCAAACCACCCACGCCGUCAAACCAUCUACGCCGUCAAACAAUCCACGCCGUCAAACCAUCCACGCCGUCAAACCAUCCACGCCGUCAAACCAUUCACGCCGUCAAACCGUCCACGCCGUCAAACCAUCCACGCCGUCAAACCAUUCACGCCGUCAAACCGUCAAACCAUCAACGCCGUCAAACCAUCCACGCCGUCAAACCAUCCACGCCGUCAAACCAUCCACGCCGUCAAACCAUCCACGCCGUCAAACCGUCCACGCCGUCAAACCAUCCACGCCGUCAAACCAUCCACGCCGUCAAACCAUCCACGCCGUCAAACCAUGCACGCCGUCAAACCGUCCACGCCGUCAAACAAUCCACGCCGUCAAACCAUCCACGCCGUCAAACCUUCCACGCCGUCAAACCCCCCACGCCGUCAAACCAUCCACGCCGUCAAACCAUCCACGCCGUCAAACCCCCCACGCCGUCAAACCACCAAAGCCGCCAAACCAUCCACGCCGCCAAACCAUCCACGCCGUCAAACCAUCCACGCCGUCAAACCAUCCACACCGUCAAACCCCCACGCCGCCAAACCAUCCACGCCGUCAAACCAUCCACGCCGUCAAACCAUCCACACCGUCAAACCCCCACGCCGCCAAACCAUCCACGGCGUCAAACCAUCCACGCCGUCAAACCACCCACGCCGUCAAACCAUCCACGCCGUCAAACCACCCACGCCGUCAAACCACCCACGCCGUCAAACCAUCCACACCGUCAAACCUCCCACGCCGUCAAACCAUUCACGCCGUCAAACUCCCCACGCCGCCAAACCAUCCACCCCGUCAAACCAUCCACGCCGUCAAACCCCCCACGCCGCCAAACCAUCCACGCCGCCAAACCAUCCACGCCGCCAAGCCACCCACGCCGCCAAACCACCCACGCCGCCAAACCACCCACGCCGUCAAACCACCCACGCUGUCAACCCAUCCACGCCGCCAAACCACCCACGCUGUCAACCCAUCCACGCCGUCAAACCACCCACGCUGUCAACCCAUCCACGCCGUCAAACCACCCACGCCGCCAAACCAUCCACGCCGCCAAACCACCCACGCCGUCAAACCACCCACGCUGUCAAACCACCCACGCCGCCAAACCAUCCACGCCGUCAACCCAUCCACGCCGCCAAACCCCCCACGCUGUCAACCCAUCCACGCCGUCAAACCAUCCACGCCAAACCACCCACAACCUAA